CACACCACAAAGAGCAUAAACACAAUAGAGAGAGUGUUCAUAGAGCUCCGGUUUUCGCACAAAACCGCUGAGCAUAGGAGAGGAGUUGUUUUAAAUUGGAGACGACCGAUUGAUAGUAUGUCGCGCAUCGAGGGCAGUGCUGCGGACAUCUUAAAGAGAGCGACCUAGUCCGCGACUUAGCUCUAGAUUCGGUAACCUCACUCUUGAUUGUUGUUCUGUUUCUAACAAUUUUAAGACGUUCGACUGCUGCUAUGUCGACUAAACAGAACAACAUGGCCGGAUCUUGUGCUGUCGAUAUCAAUCUACCCUUUCGCUUUGUUGGAGACAACUUCCGUCGCUGGAGACAAAAGAUGGAGUUCUACCUGACAACCAAGAGGCUGGUGCACUGCCUCACCACUAUGCCGGUCGAGCUACCUGAAGAGGCGACUGAUGAGGAGAGGGAUGCUUCCGUCGAGGCAAGGGAGGACGACUUCCUGUGCAAGAACUACAUCCUCAAGGGCCUGGCGGACGACCUCUACGACUAUUAUGCGGACAAAAAGAAAACCGCAAUGAUAGUCUAGGAUGCGCUCCAAAAGAAGUACGACACGGAGGCGGAAGGAGCUAAGAAGUAUGUUGUCAGCCUCUACCUACGCUACCAGAUGGUGGAUGACAAGUCCGUCGAAGUUCAAUCCAGAGAAAUUCAAAAAAUAGCUCAUGAGAUCAUCUCUGAAGGUAUGCCUCUGGACGAUCAGUUUCAAGUUGCUUGCAUUAUUGAUAAGCUGCCCCCUUUGUGGGAAGAUUUUAAGAAUAUGAUCAGACAUAAAACUAAAGAAUUUUCACUGAAAAGUUUGAUUACUCGUCUAAGAAAUGAGGAAGAGUCCCUCAAGCAGGAUAUGAAAGAAGAGGUGAUGGUCGUCACUGCUAAAUGACCCACCCCUAGAGCUCUGAAACCUAACCAGAAAGGUUUCAAGAGUAAGAACUAGCAGGUUCGCCCAACCAGAAUGAUGACUCUCGAGGUAACCAAAGGGUCAUAGCCCAAACCUCAAAGAAUGAUCCACCGUUUAUCUGCUAUAACUGCGGUAACCCAAGUCAUAUGGCAGAAAAGUGCAGGAAGAAGCCUAACCCUAUUGCUACUGCCACGGUUAAAUUGACAGAAGAGGACUUGAUAGCCAUGAUCACGGAUAUGAUCGCUGAAGUAAACCUCGCCGGUGACUUAGAAGGAUGGUGGAUGCAUAUAGGUACAUUGAAGCAUGUAUGCAACAAUUGUGUUAUAUUUAAAACAUACAUGUUAGCAAUUACUGACAAGAAAGUGUUGUUGGGGAUUGCCCACACCACUAUGGUUGCUCGUUCUGGUGAAGUGGAGCAGAACUUCACCUCUGGGAAGAAGUUGGUGCUCAAGGAUGUGUUGCACACUCCAGAGAUGAGGAAAAAUCUUGUUUCGAGAUAUCUUCUUAAUAAUGUUGGGUUUAAUCAAUCUAUUGGGACUGA